AUGAUGGUUGAUCCGUUUGUUCUGUACCUUUCGGUAUCAUUUUUACUUGAUGACGGAAGGAGCUGUGCCACUGAAACUGUGGACGGCCGUGGAAGGAAGAGUGGAUUGAUGCCAAGUGGUAUUUUUCGUGCGCGGGGACCAACUCGUUCGUGUCACAUGCGUGGCAUGUGCAAACUGGAUCUUCGCGGUCUUCGUUGUAUUUCGCGGCCCGUUCUCCCAGAGGAAACACAAAAAAAGCUUGUUUUCCCCGUUUCGUCCGCCCACCUUCACCAUCUCGGAAUGCUGGUCGUUUUCAGACCUUUCCUGGGUUCUCGUCAGUAA